GACCGAAAGAACCUCCACGCUUCCCAGCCGCCCUGAUGACGGAGACACCCAGAAGACAGAAGGUAGUUAUCGCUGGCGCUGGCCCUGUAGGCUCGCUGGCCGCCAUAUAUGCCGCGUCAAGAGGCGAUGAAGUGGAAAUAUAUGAGCUACGAGGAGAUCUUCGGGAUGCUGCCACUAUUCCUCUGAACUUUACAAAGUCCAUCAACCUGGCUCUCUCGGAGCGUGGCAUCACGUCGAUGUUACAGUCGAGGUGCAAGGACCUCGUUGAGAAUGUCAUGUCCGAAGCAAUUCCAAUGCAUGGCCGGAUGAUUCAUGGCAAAGAUGGCGGGGAGCUCUGGGAAGCUGCUCAAGCCUAUGAUGUCCACGGAAGAGCCAUCAACGCCAUUGACAGAGGAGUGCUAAACAAUGCUCUACUUGAUGAGCUGGAGAGGACCCCGAACGUGAAGCUCUUCUUCAAUCAUAAGCUGACUGGGGCCGACUUUCGCAACAAGAAGGCAUGGUUCGAGCGGCGCGAUCGCCAGAGUGAAUCUGACCGUGCACCGGAGAUUGAGGUAUCCUUUGACUAUCUAGUUGGGGCUGAUGGCGCCCAUUCGGCCACAAGAUUCCACAUGAUGAAAUAUGCCCGGGUCGACUACCAGCAAGAGUAUAUCGACGCUCUUUGGUGUGAAUUUCGGAUCCCACCAUCGCCGACUGGCGACUUUCUCAUCUCACCGAACCAUUUGCACAUCUGGCCUGGCCGGGAAUUCAUGUUUAUUGCACUUCCUUCAUCGGACAAGACCUUUACCUGCACGCUGUUCGCCCCAUCCUCUCAAUAUUCGAUGCUGGAGAAGUCACCAGAGAACCUUGUGGGGUUUUUCAAUGACCAUUUCCCAGGUGUGUCGCCUGAGUUGAUCCAUCCCGAUGCUCUCCAGCAGCAAUUUGCUACAAGCCCGCACCUUCCCUUGAUCAGCAUCAAGUGCAAACCCCAUCAUUUCGGAGACAGCGUGGUCAUUGUGGGCGAUGCCGCACACGCUGUACUCCCCUUCUACGGCCAGGGUCUUAACGCCGGGCUGGAGGAUGUCCGAGUUCUCUUCGAAAUCCUCGACAACCAUGGUGUCUACGAUUCCCAGGUAGAUGUAGAGGCACGAGAUGCAGCCCGCGCCGCUGCAUUCCAAGCUUACACCAACCAGCGCUCCGUCGACACUCACGCCAUCAACGAUCUAUCCAAGGAGAACUACCUUGAAAUGCGAUGGGGUGUCAAGUCACCUCUCUACCGACUACGCAAGUUCAUCGAAGAGACCUUGGACCACUACAUCCCCAGCUUAGGCUGGAAAACACAGUACUCGCGCGUCAGCUUCAGCACUCAGCGGUACUCCGAGGUCAUCAAAGCCAGGGAAAGACAAGGAUUUCUGUUGAGCGUCUGGAUGGGUUCUGUCCUAGUCUCAACGGCCAGUGUCCUAGCGGUUCUGGCAUGGAAACACCCCAGACAUGUUCUCUCACCGUUGGAGAUUGUCAAAAAUACACUCCACCGCGCAGCUGGCGUGUUAUCUAGAUCUCUCUGACCUGGUCAUAUCGUGGGAUCCCUUUACCAGGCGCGUUCUUUCGCAUCUGACUGGGUAUGCCUAAAACCGUGGUGAUGAUUUCAAGCCUACGAUUGAAUUGAAACAUAGGUUUUGUAUAUAGCAUGAUGCUUUCAAUAUGUAUCUAUCUUCUAUCGGCCCUGCUCUGUUAAUCAGCCAUUGCAAGUGCCCAUCUGACUAUGCUCUCAGAGCCCAGUCGUAACAUUGGGAACAGAAAUUUAUGAAUUCCUUUGAAGUUCUCAUGACGGUAG